CUGGCGCUACCGCCGCCGACGUCCGCACCCGCUCCGAGCUCAGCGCCGUGCGCCGCGCCGCGUACCAUCGUCAUCCAGCGCCCCGACGCGCGCCACGGUUUCGGAUUCACUUUGCGCCACCUCGUCGUCUAUCCCCCGGAGUCACUGCAGGAGCUGUACGAGGAUGCGCGGCACCUGGCCGUGGGCGCGGUGGGCGCGCCGAUGGACACGAUCUUCGUGAGGUCCGUGCGGCCGGGCGGGCCGGCGGCGGCGGCCGGGCUGCGGGCCGGCGACCGCGUGCUGGCCGUCAACGGCGAGCCGGUGGCGUGCGGCCGCGCGCGCGCGCCCUACGCUCGCGUCGUGCAGCUGGCGCAGCGCGAGCCGCGCACCUUGCGCCUAACCGUCGUGCCGCGCGACCACGAUUUGCUGCAGAGGUACUUCAGCGAAGCCGCGUACAAUCCAGAAACGAACCAGCGUCCAGAGAUGCCGGCGCCCGCGAGCGAAGCGGAGCCGCAGCGCCGAGCGCGCGCCUCGCUGCCCGCGCCCGCACUCGCGCGCCGCGACGACCCCGAGUACGCGAGCGUCGCUUCACUGGCGCCCUCGCGGUACCUGGCCAAUGCGCCGCACUACAUGCUGCACGAUGGCAGGAGGGAAUCCGACACCUCACUGCCGUCGUCGGCGGCCGAGAGCAAAGAUAGCCUCGGCUCCUUCGACUCUAAUUCGACCCUAACCGGCCGCGAGAUUGACGACUCGAUCAUCCUGUCCCGAAUACGAAAGAGUCUCGAGCAGAAGGAAGCAUUCUUGAGACGUCCGAGCCAACCGACCGGUUGGGUCACGCCGGACACCCCGCAACCGAUCAAACAAAAGGAAUUCUACGCGAGACCGCAAAAGUUACAGAAGCCAGCAUGGCCCCCACCGCCUUCCUCACCGCCUCUUGCCGCUUCUCCACCCCCCUCACUUCUCACACAAACGCAGAGUCAAGAACAGACGUCAAAAAAGGAAGAAUGUUCUGCGAGCGUGGAUAGCGGAACGUAUAGUGGCUACGGCGAAGUAAACGGAACAACUGACAAGAACAAACCAAAACAGGAUAAAAGUCAAUUUGUAACGACCUUGUCGAAAAUACAAGAAACGGCACCGAGUAUUCAGAGCACCAACGUCGGAACAGUACCUAAUGGUGCUGCUUCUGAGACGAAGAUCGAAAAUAAAGAAGAGAGCUCGACCACAAAUAACCAGGACAGCAGCAGGUACCGUGGCGCGGAGCUGCAGCUGGUGACGGCUCGCACGCGGCAGCUGGAGGAGGCGCGCGGCGGCGAGCGGCGCACCGAGGUGGCGCGCAGCGAGCUGGCGCGUCUGUCCAGCGCGCGCCUCGAGCCCAGCGUGGCGCUGCGCCGCCGCGACUUCGAGAGCCGCGCCGCGCGCCGCACCGCGCGCUCGCUCGACGUGCACCCGCACACAGAACUAGAACAUGAUACGACAACCCUUGGCGGCAGUCUGUCAGGAAACCAGUUGAUGAUCACAGGAAGCAAACACCUACAUUGUCCGCCUCCAGAAGAAUAUGUGCCCGAAACGGAAAAAGUUCAAAUGCGAACUAGGUCAAAUAGCACCGGAAGCGAAGGAUUACCCAUUAGAAGACAUCAUGCCACAGAUGGCAGUCACGCGAAGCGACGUAUGGGGCUGAACAGGGAGCAAAUGGAGGAGAUGAGCCGCGUGUCGCUGGGCGGCGCGGGGGUGGCGGGGGCGGCGGGGGCGGGCGGGGCGGCGCGCCCCACGCACUUGAGCCUGGCGCCGCGCUCCCUCUCCACGUCGGCCGCCACCUCGCCCUCGCCCACGCCCAGCACGCCCCACGACUCAGGUUUUGCUGACGAUCUGGUAACAAGAAGACAGAAGAAGGAUGCUCAACUGGGCGAAGAAGAACGUGCCAUGCGAAGGGUAUCGUACCUGAAAGCUACAUGGGGAGACAGGCUGCAUUUAGACAGCGAUGUGGAACAAGACUCUGAACAUCUCUCUCAAAGAAGUUCAUAUCGCAAGUGGCGCCCUCCUCGUUUCACGGACGACAUAACGCCGCUGCUGCGAAUAUUCGACCCCAAUGCAACACUCCCCGUCCGUGCGGAGAAACAAGGAGAGGAGGGUGUGGAGGAGGGCGCGAGCGAAGCCGAGCCCGAUGUGCAGGGACACGUGCAGGUCAAAAUGGUGGUCAGCAACGGAAAGCGCGCCAGCGACAGAUCGUGGAAACAAGUGUGGGCGGUUCUGCACGGGACCAAGCUAUACCUAUAUAGGCACCAUCCUAGUCAGAGCCCUGGUGCGACGAGCGGUGCGGGCGCGGGCGCGGAGAGCGGGUCGCGCGACGCGCUGGACGUCCGCUACUCGCUGGCCGCGCUCGCCGAUGAUUACACUAAGCGGAAACAUGUCGUGCGCGUCACCACAGCUGCUGGUGCAGAGCUACUACUGCAGGCCGAAGGCGCAGCCGAUGCUCAGCGUUGGCUAGAGGCACUACGACGGCAUUCGGCGGAGCCUCCGCCGGCUGAAACAGCGCCCACCGCUCUCAGUACCUCGCCCACCGCCAACAACACUACCACGCUCGCGCCCGCUCCUGCUCCCGCUUCCGCUCCCGCGAACACUACGUCCCCGCAGCCCGACUGCCCAUCUCCUUUACCGCCACAACGCAGCAAGAAAAUCACCAGGAAUAGAUCGCCUACCGGUCCACCAACACCGACGCUGCCGUCGUCACCCAAAAACAAGACAUGGAAAGGUCGCAUGGCGAAGCAACUACGGCGUAUGCAGGGCGGGACGGGGCCCGCGCCGGGGUCGAACCCUGCGGUCACGGGCUGGCUGGGCGCACCACUCGAGCGCUGCCCCACCGACCCCGACCACCCCGGGGUACCACUUGCCGUCACUCUACCAGCUACCGCUGUCGAGGCGUACGGGCUGCGGACCGUGGGCGUGUACCGCGUGCCGGGCAACGCGGGCGGCGUGGCGGCGCUGGCGGCGGCGCUGGACCGCGGCGCCGCGCCCGCCGCCGACGCGCGCUGGGCCGACGUGCACGUCGCCUCCAGCCUGCUCAAGGCCUACCUGCGCCGCCUGCCCGACCCGCUGCUCACGCACCGCCUCUACCCCGCCUUCAUCGCGGCUGACCGCUCGCCAGACAGGGCCCGCGAACUGAGGCGUCUAGUUCACGCCUUACCCGAGGCUCAUUACGAAACACUUAAGUACCUGAUACAACAUUUGCGCAAAGUGGUUGCGCACUCAGCCUUCAACAAGAUGGAGGCGAGGAACCUAGCCAUAGUGUUCGGUCCGACGCUAGUGAGAGCCGCUAGCGACGACAUGCUGGCCAUGGUCAACGAUAUGUCCAGCCAGUGCCGCAUCAUCGAAUCUUUCCUCACACACUACGCGUGGUACUUCGAGGAGAGCAGCGGCGAGCCGCCGGCCGACGCGCCCAGCGGCGACGCGCUGCCCGGCGCGCCCGCGCCCUCGCGCGACCUGCUCAUACACAACGUCAAGAAGAUCGAGGGCAAAGACGUGUCGACGCGCGACAUCGUGUCGUCGAUAAUAUCGGCGGCGAACCGCAAGAUCCAGCGCAAGCCGCGCGCGAAGGCGGCGGCGAGCGGCGACAAGAAGUGGGCGGAGGCGGACAAGUCGCCGCCCGCUUCGCCGCCGCACCAUGCCACCGCGCUCGCCGACUACGACGGCCUGCCGCCGCGCUUCCACCGCUCCUCCGACAAAAUUGAGAUUGAAAGCAUGACAGCAAUGAGCCGCGGCCGGCAAGAGGUCACUCGACACGCGCACACAUUGAACAACUUCUCGAUCGACGGAACUGGAGAUCUGGUGUCGUCUCUCACGAGCACCUUUGAUCAGAAACUGCGCACUUUGAACAACUCCUCGCCGCUCGACGACGGCAGCAUCCCGUACGCGGACGAGUGUCAAGAUGAGGCGGAGGACAAGUCGAGCGACAGCUCGCCCUCGCUGGGCAGAGAUUGCGUGGAUCGCGAGGAACGCGCGUCCCCCUCGGUGCGGGCUCACGAGCUGAAAACGGCGUGGCUGGCGCGCGACGUGCGCCACUCCUCGUCCAGCAGCAACGAGGACGAGUCGCGCCACUGGCCGCGCCGCUCGCCCCCGGAGAAGCCGCUCGACAACGACGACUCCGAAAAGGAGAACUGCCUCCGGCCGCGGCGCCCGCUCGACGACGACAAGGACGUGGACACGCGCUCGCAAGCGUCUAGCAACGACGCCGCCCCUGACAACGACAAGUUGCCCUACUACAACGGCCUCCGGCUCGCCAACCCGGAGACCGUGAAGCGGAACAGCGCCGCGCUGGAAAACGAGCCGGAGGCGAACGAGCGCGGCGACGACGAAGGCGCCAAGCUGAAGCGGUCCGAGUCGCUCGGGCGGGAGGAGCGCGUGUUGCGCUCGGAGUCGCUCAACUGGCGCACGGAGCGGCUGCAGCGCUCCGAGUCGCUGAACAAGGGCGAGCGGCCCAGCAAGCUGGAGAAGGGCGAGUGGAACGUGGCGCGGCGGCGCGAGGCGGGCGCCUGGCGCUCCACCAAGCUCAAGCGCAAGAACGGCAUGCCCGAGCGCGGCAUCAAGCGCCGCCACACCGUCGGCGGCACCAAGGACUUCGACAAGGACGGCUGGGGCGCGCGCCACACGCGCACCUCGUCGCCCGACCUCAGCGAGCUGGCGGCGCCGGGCCUGGCCGGGCCGGGCCGGGUCGGGCUGGGCCUGGCCGCGCCCUGGCCGCGCGCGCUCGUGCCGCCGCCGCGCCCGCCGCUCGAGUCGCACGUCUGA